AUGGUCCAAAAUUUUGUACGGUCCAGCCUAAUUCUGGCGCUAGCCUCUCUUGCGAGCGCCCAGUUCGGCGGACCUCCAAAUGGCAACUACGACGGCGGGAACCCGUACUCGGAUGGUGGAGACGGUGGAGACGACGGUGGCCGUCCAGACUUCGCCAACGGCUAUUUUGGCGUACCAGGCAACAUCAACACAAUGGUGACAGCGCACGCCAUUCUUGGGACUCUGGUCUUCGGACUACUCUUCCCAUCUGGAAGCAUUCUCAUUCGACUCGGCUCCUUCCGUGGCCUGUGGCUCGUACAUGGCAUCAUACAGCUUGUCACAUACAUCCUCUUCAUCGCCGCGGCUGCGAUCGGAAUAUGGAUGGCUACCCACAUCCGGAUGAUGUCCCACGCACACCCCGUCAUUGGAAUCCUUUUACUCGUCUUGAUCUUCUUCCAGCCCUUCCUGGGCUUCAUCCACCACUUCGCCUUCAAGAAGCACAGCAAACGCGUCAUCUGGUCAUACGCUCACAUUUGGCUGGGCCGCUUCGUGAUUACCCUGGGCAUCAUUAACGGUGGGCUCGGUCUCCAGCUGUCGAAGCGGAUAGGCCUGUUUGCACCGAGCCAGGGAGCCAUCAUUGGCUAUUCCGUUGGCGUUGGCAUUAUAUGGCUCCUCUACGUGGCGGCAGCGAUCUAUGGAGAGAGGAAGAGGAGGAAUGCCGCCGCACUUCACCGGGAUCCACCUGCUUACAAGCAAGAGGGCGGCCGCGACAGCGACGUCCGAUACGCUUAA